AAAGGUGCAAGCAGCGAGCGCACGGAGCUUUACGCACGGUCGGAUACACCAGUUCAUGCAGUCUUGCGAACAUUUGCAAACUUUUUCGGCGAGCGACUGAGAAGAAACAAGUCGAGAUGUUCCCGCUGCCCAUGUUCACCCCGGACCAGGUCGCUCGGGUGUGCGAAAACUUGGAAGAGACCGGGGACAUCGAACGCCUCGGCAGGUUCCUCUGGUCCCUGCCCGCUGCCGUCCCGGGCUCCGCCGGGGAGGCGCUAAACCGACACGAGUCCGUGAUGCGAGCGAGAGCGCUGGUCGCCUUCCACGGCGGAAACUUUGACGCUCUUUACCAGAUCCUCCAGAGCCACCGGUUUACACGCGAGUCGCACGCCAAGCUUCAAGACCUGUGGCUGGACGCGCACUACCGAGAGGCGGAGAGGCUCAGAGGGCGGCCGCUGGGCCCGGUGGAGAAGUACCGGAUCCGCAAGAAGUUUCCCCUGCCCCGCACCAUCUGGGACGGCGAGCAGAAAACGCACUGCUUUAAGGAAAGAACUCGCAGUUUGUUGAGAGAGUGGUACCUCCAAGACCCCUACCCCAACCCGUCCAGGAAACGCCACCUGGCCCAGGCCACGGGACUCACGCCCACACAGGUCGGCAACUGGUUCAAGAACCGCCGUCAAAGAGACCGCGCUGCAUCCGCAAAGAACAGACUGCAGCAGGAUCCAUCCCUCCUGCCCUCCGAGAGCUCACCUGACGGCUCCCAUCAGGAGCGCCGCCAUCACCCCCACUUGUUGCCUACCUCCCCUCGCCACCCGGGCAGCCCGGAGGCCAGCGACUGUAGCACAGAGAACGAACGCAGAGGAACAGGAGCCUCCACCCCGGACAUCUCUGUCAGCAGCGACAGCGAGUUCGAGUCUUGAAAGGACAGAAACUUUUCACGGACGGACUCUCGUCAGACUUACAUAUGCUAAAGACACUUGAACUGUCUGGACCGGAGGCGUUCUCAGUGGGAGGAAGGUGACGACGAGGCCACUUGAUGUGGAUGUUGAGUGGACAUUGAAAGCAAAUGAUAUGCAAAAACAACAUGCACUUAAAAAAGCACCAUGGCACAUGACCUCGACUGUUAUAUUAAUUAGUUUACUGCUGACCAUGACUCAGCAGUGUUGAUAGACAUAGUACAGGUGCUUCUACAUGAUCAACAGUGUUUCUCAACACUC